GUAUAAUUCGAACCACCAGGCGGCGCCUCGAUCGGGAAACCCAAGAAGAACACGUUCUAGAGGUUACCGUCACAGAUUCCGGGACACCCCCUCUUUCUUCAACAACAAGAGUUGUGGUAACUGUGACAGACAUUAACGAUCACGACCCAGAGUUUCUUCAUCAGAUUUAUCUUCAUUGCACAGUACCGCCUACAAACCUAUCUUCCGAAGCGUAUAAAUUGUUUAGGGUUGUAGCCACGGAUGAAGAUGAAGGAGCAAGUGCUAAUGUGUCGUACAGUCUUGAAACCGGAAUAAUGGAUAACACUUUCCAUAUCAACCCUGCAAGCGGAUCUGUGAUCGCAAGGAAACAUCUAGAAAUUGGUGAAGAGUAUGAAUUAAGGAUUAGAGCAUCAGACAACGGUCAGCCUCAACGGUCGACAACAACAAGAGUUGUGAUCAGUGUAACUGCCAUCCCCACAAGCUCACCAAAUCCGCCACGCUUUAAACUCGCAGAAACACACGUGAAAGUCAGUGAAAGUGAAAAGGUUGGCCAUCUAGUGGUCUUAAUUGACGUUCAGGAUCCAGAUGAUGAUAAGUUGUGGUAUCGUAUCACAAGUGGUAAUGAAGACAACAAGUUCAUGAUGAAGCCCGAUGAAAGGGGUUUGAUAUUAGCUGAACCGUUAGACUGGGAGACUCGUAGUUACUUCAACUUGACUGUUAGCGUAACGGACGGUGUUCAUUUUGUAACCACCAAGGUUUAUGUCGAAGUCCAAGACUACAAUGAGCAUCCACCAGUCUUUGAGCAAUCUACGUACCGCGUAUCUGUGUCAGAGAGCGUUGUUAUGGGAACUAAAUUAAUACAGCUGUCAGCAUCCGACUUGGACCAAGAUAAGAGGCAGUUUUUCUCCUUAUACAAUAGUGCAGCUACUUCCAGUCCUAGGAUGUUCCACAUACACGAACUUACAGGUGUGUUGUCGGUUGCGGAAGAACUUGACCACGAACUCAUCCAUCAACAUGUUUUAACUGUCUUGGUUAAAGAUCAUGGAACCCCUGCAAAAAGAGACUUUGCAAGAGUUAUCAUUGAUGUAGAAGACCACAACGACAACCCACCUGAGUUUUUGCUGCCUUUAUUCGAAGGUCACGUGUUCGAGACAGCGGCAGUAGGGACAUCCGUUGUUCAAGUAACAGCAUUUGACAGGGACAAAGGCAGAAAUGCACAGAUUUCAUUUUCGUUGGUUUCAGGCAACUUUGGAAAUGCGUUUAAGAUAGAUUUCAAUCUUGGGACUGUGUUGGUGGCCAGGGAGCUAGAUUAUCUUUCGAUGCCAGAAUACUUUCUCGUUGUGAGGGCUUUUGACCAUGGGUUACCUCCUCUAAGCAGUACAGUACAUAUCAGAGUAGUUGUUACGCUAGCCAAUAACGCUGUGCCCAGAUUUUCCAGGAAAGAUUAUUCAGAAGAAAUCUACGAAAAUGUUAAAAUUGGAACAAUGGUGACUGCAGUGUCCACAGUGAGCCAUUCUUCUGUUUAUUACGAGAUCAUUUCUGGAAAUGAUGAAGAACGGUUUUAUAUUAAUCCCCACUCGGGAGUCAUUUUCACUGUUGCUGAGUUGGAUUAUGAGAAACAACAACUUUACAACUUGACGGUUCAAGCGAGUAAUCUGGCUGGCAGAAAUUCUGCUCGUAACGUCCUCGUUCACUUACUUGAUUACAAUGACAACCGGCCUAACUUUCUACACUCAGAUUAUCAUGGAGAAGUGAGUGAAGCUGCAGAAAUUGGGGCGCUAGUUUUCUCAAACUAUAGCGUUCCCCUGGUAAUCUCGGCUGAAGAUAUGGAUUCUGGUAUCAACUCCUAUUUGUAUUAUGAAAUUGUAGAAACUACAGCCAGAAAAUAUUUUAGUAUCGACACAGGUACAGGAGCGAUAAAAGUGGCUCGCCAGCUGGAUCACGAAAGUAUGUCAGAGUUCAACUUUCAAGUUCAGGUCUUUGAUACUGGCAGUCCUAGACUUGGGGCCGAGACCGCUGCUCAUGUCCACAUUAACGUGGUUGAUACCAACGAUUCUCCUCCUCAAUUCGAGCUCUACCAGUACGACGCUAACAUUUUCCUACCCACUUACGAGAACGUUAUUGUAACUCAAGUGAGAGCCCAUGAUUUAGACACUCAGAUAAAUUGUGUAUUGAAGUACAAAAUCGUAUCAGGGAACGCAGACCAGAAAUUUGUAAUCAAUGAAACAUCAGGUGAAAUUUUUAUACACAAUCCAAGUGCCUUACAUGGAACUCGUUCACUGAUUGUGUCUGUUAGUGAUGGGAUAUUUGAAGCAAGCACUAAAGUUGUGGUCCAAGUAAGAGAAACUGAGGGCAGUGGGCUUACAUUUGAUGAAGAAAAGUACAUGGGCGAAAUUUUUGAAAACACGACAGAAAUUAUAACUAUUGCUGUUGUUACGGUGUUAGGCGCUGGUUUAAACGAACACUUAACAUUCAGCAUUCUUAAUCCUUCCCACAUGUUUGACAUUGGACCAACUUCUGGCAUUGUCCGAACCACUGGAAGACCCUUUGAUCGAGAGCUCCAGGACAGCUAUACUUUGGUGGUAGAGGUAAAAGGGGAUGCCGCAGAUGAACUUCGAGUCGCUCACGUUCUAGUAGAAGUUAAGGUUCUUGAUAUAAAUGACAAUGCUCCAGUAUAUCUUAAUUUACCUUACUUCGCGGUGGCGUCAAUUGAAGCUCAGCCAGGACAUCUGAUUUGGAAAGUUCAGGCAGUGGAUAAAGAUCUAGGCUUAAACAAAUUAAUUUCCUAUAAACUAGCCAAAAGUAGUACAGACAUAUUUGCUGUUGAUAGCAGACUCGGAGAAAUUCGUCUUCAACGACUCGUCAGGACUGAUGUAAAGGAAUACGUCCUGGUUAUAACUGCAUUCGAUAACGGUGAACCACCACUUCAUAGCGAGGCAACCGUUUAUAUUAAAGUGACACAUCAGGGAAUGCCCACCUUUCCUCAGCAGUUCUACAAUGUCACGGUCCCGGAAAGUGCACGUUCCAACGUUCCUUUGUUGUCACUUGGUGCAGAAAGUCCAUAUGGUCGUCAAGUCAUUUACACUAUAGUUGAAGGAAACGAAGAGAGCCUCUUUGACGUAGAUUUUCAAAACGGAGUUAUCUAUAUUGCUGAUAGCCUGGAUUACGAGAGUUCCAUUGAACACCAUCUGACAGUGAGAGCUACGGACUCCAGAACUGGAGCUUAUUCCGAAGUUCUGGUAAAUAUUACUGUAGAAGAUAUGAACGACAAUUCGCCGGUUUUUACUCAGGAUACGUAUAAUGUAACAAUUUCGGAAGCAGCAUCUUUUGGAACUACUAUUUUACGAUUACACGCCAUAGAUGUUGACAAAAAUGCCAGUCAGGUACUUCAGUACAGUGUGCUAGGUAAGGCUACGGCAUAUUUUUUCGUGGACCCAAUCGAAGGUAACAUCAUCAUCAAGCACUCCCUCGACCACGAGAUUCAGUCGGUGCAUCAUUUCGUUGUCAUGGUAGCAGACAAUGGAUCACCAUCGCUGAGCGCCACAGCCGAUGUCCGGGUAACGGUAACAGACCUUAACGACAAUCCUCCAAGAUUUGGACACGCUGUUUACAGCUGUGAAGUAACCGAAUUAGUAGAACGAGGUCAUUUUGUGACAAUGGUUGGAGCUUCAGAUUUGGACGAAACAGACCAAUUGAAACUCUUAUUUUCCAUUGUUGGUGGCAACGAUCUUCAAGCCUUCCAUAUUCACCAGAAAACAGGACAGUUAUACACAAAAAGAAACUUCAGCAGAGAAAGGUUCCAACACUACGAGAUUCCUGUGAUGGCUAACGAUGGUGGUGGACGAACUGGAUACUCUUUUGUGCGAGUCACAAUAAUUGAUGUUAGUAGUCACUCGUUGGAGUUCACCUGUACAGAGUAUGAAGUCGCUCUCUCUUCUAACGCGACAGUUGGAAGCACUGUUUUAAAGGUCCAGGCUUUCGACCCUGAUGGCGACGUCGGAGAACACCUGAAAUAUAGUAUAUACGGAGAAGACGAUUCGCUUUUUCAUGUAUUUUUUGGCAUCACCCCAGACCUAGGGAUCAUCUAUGUCAAGCAGUCAUUGUUAGGUGAAGAAAACAGUGUGUAUCAGUUUUUCAUGAAGGCAGAAGACGAACGGUCAUCUUCCCAAGAAGUUCCGAUAAGUAUUCAGAUAAGUGGACCGCAAGCAGUAAUACCUUAUUUUCAAAAUCAUCAUUAUCGAUAUUUUGUGUCAGAGUCAGCCAAAAUAGGCACUAUUAUUUCUGUACUCAACGCUAACGCCACCUGGCCAGUUGUAUAUUCAUUGUCUCCAGUAAAAGCAGAAUCUACAGCUCAACUAUAUCAGUCCAAAUUUGCUGUUGACAGGCAAGGCCAGAUCUUACUGAUAUCUAAACUUGACCGGGAAAAAGUAACUACUUAUUAUUUAACAGUCAAAGCCCACGUGCAGGGCAAUCGCCAAUUGGCAUCGUACGUUAACAUUGAAAUAGUGGUCAUGGACGAGAAUGAUAAUACUCCAGAGUUUGAAUCCCACUCAUAUAUAAACAAAGUUGCGGAAAAUGUAGACAUAGGCUGUUUGGUACUCAGGCUAGUAGCUCAUGAUAAUGAUGCAGGUCAAAAUGCUGACAUCACGUAUUCAUUUGGCUUAGUUGAUGACGAUAUCACAGGCAUUUUUAGCUUAGACGAGAACACUGGAUGGCUGACAACAAUGGUUCCUUUAGAUUACGAAACUCGUUCGACGUAUAACUUUACUGUAAUAGCAAGUGACAACGGUUCUCCUCCUUUGUCCUCUGUUGCCUUGGUAACUAUAGAGGUACAAGAUUACAAUGAUAACCCACCAACUUUCAAGAGGUCCUUUUACGAGGCUGCUAUCUAUGAAGACGCUCUUGCCGGAAAUGACAUAAUUGUGUUGGAGGUUAACGACCGAGACAGUGAGGAAAUGAAUAACAGUUUGGAAUUUUAUAUCACUAAAGGAAAUCUCCGAGACUCUUUCCGAGUUCAGAAAACUGGAGAGUUAUACGUCAACACUGCUCUUGAUCGAGAACAGAUUCCACACUACGAUCUGGAGAUUACUGUAACGGAUGGGAAGUUUAUCUCCUCAACUCUUGUCUCUCUUGACGUGCUCGAUGCCAACGACAAUCCAACCGUGUUUCUUAAAUCAAAGUACACGGUAAUGUUGACCGAGGAGAUGCCAGUCCAAAGUAUUGUGUUACAACUAGAGACAAGAGACGUUGAUACCAAAAGGAACGCCCAUGCGCUCUAUUUCUUGACUGGGAAUGGGGCUGAAAAUUUUGUAAUCGAUCCGUCGACAGUUGCUCUGAAACUGGUCCUACCGCUGGACAGAGAGAAGACGCCCCACUAUAAUCUGAUUGCCCACAUCCAUGAUAAUGGACAUUCGCACUUGGAGAGUACGUGUAAUAUUGAUAUUAUACUGACUGACAUCAACGAUAAUGCCCCCAGUUUCACAAUGCAAGUUUAUUCUGCCAGUGUUUCAGAAGAUGCUAAGGUUGGAACACUUCUAAUGAAGGUUCAUGCUGUUGACAAGGAUAAAGGACCAAACAGGAAGGUCAGCUACAAUUUUGUUUACUCAGCUGAGGAAACGUUCUCAAUCGACAAGAAAACCGGAAUUAUCCGCCUAAAUAAAAAGCUGGACCGAGAAAGAGUAGGAUUUUACAACUUAACCGUUAAAGCUACCGAUCAUGGCUUCCCCCAGCUGUCAUCGGUCUCUGCCGUCCAUGUGCAAGUACAGGACAUAAAUGACAAUCCCCCGGUGUUUAGCCAAAAGCAUUACCAAGCUUUGGUGUCAGAAAAAGGAGAGAUUGGCGCCGAGGUGAUCCAGGUCUUUGCAGUUAGCAUCGACGUUGGUAGCAAUGCGGAGAUAACUUAUUCACUACUUGCUGGAAAUGACCUUGGAUAUUUUAAAAUCAAUGAUAAAAUCGGUUCUAUCUAUGUGAUUAAACAUCUAGACUAUGAAGACAUCCGAAACUUCGUCUUAAUUGUAGAAGCCAAAGAUGGAGGAACACCACCUCUCACAGCUCAAGCUACUGUUAACGUUUCAGUCGUGGAUGCAAAUGAUAAUACUCCUAUCUUUAAUCAGGCUUCUUAUCAAGCCAUCGUUCGCGAAGACGCUUUAGUGGGACACACCAUAAUUCAGGUGAAAGCAAGUGAUGUGGACAGCACUCCGAACGCAGUUCUGUCUUAUUUUAUUACAAAAGGAGAUCGAUUUGGACACUUCUUCAUUGACAAGAAAAGGGGUUACAUUAAGCUAGCUUCUUCACUCGAUCGAGAAAAGGUUUCCAAGUACGUGCUAGAAGUCGAAUGUCGAGACAGUGGGACGCCAUACCUUUUUAACAAAGUCAUUGUAGACGUCGAAGUAGCUGACGUAAACGAUAACCCACCAGUUUUUUCUAAACCUAACUAUACAGCUACUCUGCAGGAAGACAAACAGCCGGGAUUUCCUGUUGUUAGUUUUGCCGUCACUGAUGAAGAUAUUGCACCAAACACUGGACCAUUUGUUUUUAGCAUUAUUUCUGGUAACGAGAAUACUUCUUUCCACAUAUUACCUCAAGAAAGCGUCUUGAGAACUGCCAAGAAACUGAGUUAUCAUUACCGGAACAGUUACACAUUGUGCGUCCAGGUUACUGAUGCAGGUCUCCCCCCUCUCAGCAGCCAAGCUUGGGUGACCGUCCUCAUUGUUGAAGAAAGCCGUUUUGCUCCAACCAUAAUUCCACUCCAGAUCACAGUGACUUCCUUCGGGGUUCGGUUUCCGGGAGGUGUUCUGGGCCGUGUUCGAGCGACCGAUCAAGAUCCUUAUGACACUUUGACCUUCGACAUUGUCUCUCCUCACAAAGAACUAUUUCAAAUCAAUCACGAGAACGGAACUAUAUCAGCAGUACCGAGUUUGGAUCCCGGUGAAUACAGUAUCAACAUAAGUGUGACUGAUGACAAAUUUACUUCCAUUAAAACUGUUACCAUCCAGAACAACGUAUUAAUAGAAGAAGCCGUUAAGCAUAGUGUAGUUGUUCGCAUAGCAGACAUCAGUCCUGAACGCUUUAUUCAGCUUUACCUAGAGGUCUUUCUUGAGUUUAUUCGAAUAAUUCUUCAUGUUCCGUUAAAAAACAUUCAAAUUAUCAGCAUACAAAAGGUAAAGACAAACUUUACCCGGACUAAUAAAGAGUCACACGCUGACCUCGACGUGCUGUUCUGUGUUAGAAAAAGACCAUCGAGUUUUUACCCUUCUGAUUUAAUCCGAGGCGAGCUAAAAGAAAGGGUGAAAUCACUCCAGACUGAUGUGGGAUUAGAAAUACAGGAGAUCUUGGCUGACCGAUGCUCCCCAGGGACAUGUGAGAAAGGAGAUUGUGUUGAUAAAAUACAGAUGGAUGACAGUGACAUUCAAGUCAUCAGUGUGGAUACCCGGAGCUUUGUGUCACAUCGGUUUCAUCGAGUGUUUAACUGUCAUUGCGAGUCAGGCUACGGAGGCUCACGGUGUGAAAGGGUAAUCAACGAAUGCGCCCGCCGUCCCUGCUCCUCCCAGAAAGUCUGUAUUCCUACCACGUCAACACUCGGUUAUAUUUGUGAAUGCCCCAGAGGAAAAGCAGGAAUCUUGUGCGAAGAUGAAGCAAGCAUUUGCAAAGGACCGUUUUGUUACAAAGAAAAAAACAGCAUUUCGUUUGGUGGAAGAAGUUUCGCCCAGUACAACCUAAACGGGCCCGUGGAGCAUCAUUUCGCUGUCCACUUACACGUCAGAACUGUCCAGACCACUGGGAACCUUAUGUUCGCCGCUGGAAGAAAAGAUUACAGCAUUCUUGAAAUGAUCAAUGGAGUUGUUCAAUACAAGAUGGAUUUUGGUAGUGGAGAAGGUAUUGUUCGUGUGGAGGACAUCAAGCUGAACGACGGCACGUGGCAUGAAGUCAAGGUGGAUCGUAGAGGAAGCAGAGCGACUAUCACUGUAGACGGCCAAGCUGAACAAACGGGAGCCGCUCCUGGCGUUCACGACUUAUUAAACCUAGACGGAAAUGACGUGUAUUUCGGAGCAGAAGUCAGAUCUCCGAGAUACGAUGACGUCAGAAUGGGAUUUAUAGGAUGUAUGGACGAUAUUCGCAUCAAUGGAGUGGAGUUGCCUUUACACCUGAACGGAGCUGAUAACAUCCCCAGCCUCCGCAGGUUUGUGAAUGUGGAAUUCCGUUGUGGGGAAUUGAUUGAUCCUGGGAUCUGCGGAAAGCAACCUUGUUUACACGGCGGCACCUGUAAAGAUAAUGAGAGCUCUUUCACUUGUCUAUGCUCGGCCCGUUAUCUUGGUAUUCGAUGUGAAAUAGAUACAGAUCCAUGUGCCUCCAAUCCUUGUCUCUAUGGCGGUACUUGUAAUAAUUAUACUAAUGGUUACCAGUGCAAGUGCCUUCCAGGCUACAGUGGCAAGCGGUGUGGGUAUGGUCACUUCUGUAAUCCCAACCCUUGCAGUAACGGGGGAAUUUGUGAAGAAGGGACUUACGGACCAGUUUGCAAGUGUCGGGGUUUCCAUGGUGACAGGUGCCAACUAGAUCUGGACGAAUGUCAAGCUGAGCCUUGUGGAGAUGGGGCAACGUGCAUCAAUUUUCAUGGAACAUUUCAGUGUCAAUGUCAACCCAACAUGACAGGCCCUCUCUGUACAGAACCUCUCUUUACCUCGUCCAUCACAUCCACAAGCAUGAAUACUACGUUGGAAGAAAUCAUUGGUAUCGUAUUAAUGGUAGUGUUCCUUCUGGUUACCUCGAUCGGGCUAGUGUGUUGCUGUAAACGUUAUCACCGCAAGUGCCGCCGGAUACAGCGAAGCGAAAACGUACAGGAAGACUCCACUGCAAAUGAAUUGAUGGUAAAAAAUUCAAUGUUUCAUCGAGAUGAUCCCAAACAUAUAACUAAGCUGUGUCCUCUGGAAGAGACUUCUUUCACCAGACCUGCAGUACCUCCUCGACCCAAGGUGUACACACCUACAAUACAAGAGCCCUUCCACAAUCUGAUCAACGUCAGAUCUUACGACCAAGUCACUGAAGACUUGGAAACAUUUCCUCGAUACAGCACAGCUUUUCCGCGUAUUAUAAAACAGCCACAAACAAUCCGAAAUCUGCCGUCGAUCUCGAACCUGACGUCAUCACACAGGUCCUCUGUCUGUAGCAACAACACGGAUACAGAAGAAGGCCUGGAAGAAAGAGUCCAGAAUGAUAACUGUGAACUUAAAAAUGAAGAAAAUCUUCAUCAAGAUUUUAACAUGGACAAAGUAUACUCUGGAACAACCGUUUGCGCUCAUCAGUGUAUAUCGUCAACUUCUCCGCUAGAGGGUGUUGUGCAGAGUCCAGAUGGGGAAGUUCAGCUUGUGCCUAAUAGCGAAAGUCAUUAUCACGCGUGUUUAGAUCACAGCUAUGAAAAAUUGAAGUGUGAUAACUCUGAAAUCGAAGCUGAAAAUGAAAGAACUAUUCCACUUCAACCAUGCCACGGUGUUGAGUUUUAUACAGAUGUGACGUAUAACAACAAACAUUGUACAGUAGCGCCCUCUUUAGAACAUUCCAAAGAUGAUGUCUGUAAGGACUCGCCUCCCAGGGUCUGUCAGAUACGUUGCGAUCGUGAGUCAUGCGCGUGCGUGAAAGAAUCAGUUAGUGACUUAUCAGAUGACGACAUAGUUUCUUACGGUUUUCCAUCACAGGGGGGUCGAGGGUUCAUGCUGGAAUUAGCCUGAAGUCUUAGUGAACCCCAUAUCCACAAAAGUUGAGAUUGGCAACCCAGUUCGAACAGUCAAUUCACCCACUUUCAUUUCAUGUCUCACAAUAUCGCGCCAAGGUUCUGUGACGAUGAAAAGUUUGUGGUUGUAUACAACAGGCUUUCUUCUGUGUUGCCUGGUGUGUAAGUAUGGAAACUAACUACUGCGUAUACACCGCUGGAAAUACGGAAUGAAUUACUAGAUUUAUAGAAACAGUUAUUUAUACUUGUUUACUGUAAAUGCAGUUUAUCAACUGAACGCUAUUGGUUUGUUGUGACAGUGAGUUUUGUCUUGGCGUUCAUAUGUUAUAUUAUUACUAAAUAUAUU